AUGGACUAUGUCACCCGAGGGGUCUGUGGCCAAGAGUCAUGCCGUGAGAGAAAGUACUAUCUCGAUAAUGGCCUCUGGUUUUGUCGUCGCGGCCAUUUGCAGGAGGGCCAACAAAUUGAAGAAGAUCCAGAUGAUUACGGAAACCUAGGUAAAAUCAACCGUGUGAAGAAAGAGAGGGAAGAGAAAUCGCGAAGGACUGCGCGUGGUCGGAAGGCACAGACCCUUUUCUUGCAGGCUUACCAAUUGAUCUUGUGGAAACAAUGUCAUGCUCUGAUCCAUGACCAUGGGUUUCCAGAACAACUCGAGGGCGUCGUACGUGACCUCUGGGCUUACAGGCUUCAGGCCUAUACUUUGAGGAUCAACGAAUCUACAGAAGACGAAGAUAUUGAAACUGAGCCAGAACUCUUUAGCUCACAGCCCACGCAGAAAUCGCAGAAAGAAGACGACGAUAAACCAGGCUUACAGAUCAGGCCAGUAUACCAUAUUUGGCCUCGCAUGCCUGAAACCGUGGCUCUUUGUUAUCUUGGAGCUAUCUUAAUGCGGCUUCCAAUAUGUGUCUAUGAUCUUCACAGAUUGGUAAUGCGCCAAGACAUUCCUUAUCUCCGAGUAUUGAGGGUGGUACCUCAAGAGAUCAAGAGGCAGCUUCCUCCGGAGUUUACUAAGAUUCUUACUGUCAAGAAAGUACCGAAGCUGGAAGUUUUGCAUCGAGCGCUGAGGGAUAUGGCGCUUCUCUACCAGCGCGACUUUGGAAUAGUUCUGCCUGCCAUGAAUUCUCCUAUCAUCUUAUAUCGGCACAUCAAAAGACUGGCAGUCCCAGUUGAUGUAUACGAGAUCAUUAAGACGUUACAACGGCUCCUCAACUUCACAUUCGAAUAUCCAGAUAAGCUCAGCGAUGAAAAACGCAUAGAUGCUAUCCAACUCCCUGAGAUCCAGAUGGUGGUCUUGAUUGUCAUCGCCACCAAAUUGUUCUUUCCCUUUGACAAUAUAUCAAGGCAUCCAGCUACAGCCUUAGAACCCGCUGCUCAGGGUAUCGACUGGCAGGAAUGGAUGCGAGCUCAGAAGCAGUUUGAACCCCAGAAGCGUACCGAGGGGAAAAUUGGAAAAGAAAAGGCCAUCCAAAUAACCGACUCGGAUGUCUUGGGAAUGGAAUCCUAUCAGUUGGAUCAGUACAUGGACUGGUACGAAACGAACUGGCUAGAUGACUCAAGGCAACCCAAUGUGGUCGCCGACUUGUUCACCCCUUUGAGUGAUACAGGAAUAAAUCCUUCAUCAAGUCAUGACCCUCCCAUUUCAGAUCCCUCUCUCACUAUUGAUGACGGUGAAGAAGCACUUGACGCCAUGUUACAGAAAGUUAUGGAGGGUAUACUCCCAGUGCCAAUUGUUCCAGACCAGGAGGGAGAGGUGGCUGCUAGACCGGGCAUUUGGUACCGUCGAUACCGAUGGGAGUCAACUCUCCCCGAAGCACCACGCAAGUUUCACGAGAUAGCGGCCAAAUUGGCAGGUGUGUCUUUGCAUACACUCGUCCGGGCUGUUACGGCUGCCGAGUCGCGAAUAGCGCACUGGCAAGAUCACCAGCGACGCACGGAUGUUAUGGAUUAUGAAAUGGAAAUUGAAUCAAAUACUGAAGAUGACUCAGAUAAUGAUGAACAGGAAGGGCUACAUGGGAAGGGUGCGGACGAGAUUGAUGAACUAGAUGAGCAGCUAUGGGGUUUCGUCAAGACCCUGACGGGUAAGACCAUUACCCUCGACGUCGAGUCGAGCGACACCAUCGACAAUGUCAAGACCAAGAUCCAGGACAAGGAGGGCAUUCCCCCAGACCAGCAGCGUCUGAUCUUCGCUGGCAAGCAGCUCGAGGAUGGCCGCACCCUGAGCGACUACAACAUCCAGAAGGAGUCCACUCUUCACCUUGUCCUCCGUCUGCGUGGUGGUAUCAUUGAGCCUUCCCUCAAGGCCCUUGCCUCCAAGUACAACUGCGAGAAGUCCAUCUGCCGCAAGUGCUACGCUCGUCUCCCUCCUCGUGCCACCAACUGCCGCAAGAAGAAGUGCGGACACACCAACCAGCUCCGCCCCAAGAAGAAGCUCAAGUAG